GGCAGCUCAUAGGAGGCAUUUUGAUAAAACUAAGCUCUCCUCUUAGAAAGAAGCCCAGUUGUAAAGCAGGCUCUGUGCUGUGCACAUCUACCCACCAAAGGCACCUUCUCUCUCUUUCUCUUUUCUCAUUCUUUUUUUUUGGCCAGAUAUCCAGAGCCUUUUCAAUGUAUAAAAUGGAAUAUUCUUACCUCAAUUCUUCUGCCUACGAGUCGUGUAUGGCUGGUAUGGACACGUCAAGCCUUGCUUCAGCUUAUGCUGACUUCAGUUCUUGCAGCCAGGCGAGUGGAUUCCAAUAUAAUCCUAUAAGGACCACAUUCGGGGCCAGCUCGGGAUGUCCAUCUCUAACUCCAGGAUCCUGCAGCCUUGGAACUCUUAGGGACCAUCAGAGCAGUCCAUACGCGGCAGUCCCAUACAAACUGUUCACGGAUCACGGCGGCUUGAACGAGAAGAGGAAGCAGAGGCGGAUACGGACCACUUUCACCAGCGCGCAGUUGAAGGAACUGGAGCGAGUGUUUGCAGAGACCCACUACCCGGACAUUUACACACGAGAAGAACUGGCUCUGAAGAUAGAUCUCACCGAGGCCAGAGUGCAGGUUUGGUUUCAGAACCGGCGGGCUAAAUUCCGCAAGCAGGAGAGAGCGGCGGCGGCGGCGGCUGCGGCGGCCAAGAGCAGCGGCUCAUCCAAGAAAUCCGACCUGCGCUCCGAGGACGACAACAAGGACUCGAAACCGGCCGAUCCCGACAGCACAGGUCCAGGCAGCUGCGUGCCGGCGCCGGGCAACGGCGGCGGUGUGUCUGGCAACGGGGGAGGAGGAGGAGGAGGGGGUGGCGGAGGGGGAGGAGGUGGCGUUGGGAGUGCCGACUCCGCCAAGGCGGCCACAGCAGCGGCUGCAGCGGCGGCGGCGGCGGCUGCGGCGGCUGCAGGAGUAGCGGGUACCGGCUGGGCAACGGGCCCGGGCGGAGUGAGCGCAGUGCCCGACUCAAUAGGAGGUCCUUUCGCCAGUGUGCUCUCCUCCCUGCAGAGACCCAACGGAACCAAAGCCACUUUAGUAAAGAGCAGCAUGUUCUGAAUCCUUUUUCCUCUUCUUCCAACACUGGGAUUAAAAAAGAAAUAUAAAAAAACCGAAAAAUAAAAUUUUGUGUGUCUUUCUACAGCGGUGUUCUGUGACUAAACUGUAAAAGUGUUAUUCUCAGUAUAAAUUGUCUUCUCUAGUUGAUCUUAAAAGACUUUCCCCCCUUGUAGUCCAUAUGGAAUGUGUUUAUGGAGAAUACAAAAUUAAACAGAUCAUCACGGGUUGAGUUAUUUUGUUUAGGUAAAAGGUGGCUCAUAUAAUAAUAAUGGUAUAUAUUUUUGUUAAAUGCAUGUUGUCGUUUUUGUUUUCUCCGUCCCGUUCGAAAUUAUGGUGAGCAUAACCCUCAUAAAUUAUGUUCAGGAGUUCAAAAUUAUUUAUAUGUGGUAUAAUGGAUGCUUAUAUUUAAAUAAGGGAAAUAUUUCUACGUGUGCAUAUAGUUUUCCAAAAGUGUACCAUUAACUUGAUUGUUGAUAAUAAAAUGCAAAGCAAAGGUUGGAAUAUGGUUCUGUUUUUUGUUAUUAAAGUUGUGGCGAUAUAACUUAGGAGUUGAGGGAUAAAAUUAACCUAAAACAGGGUGUGUUGUCAGCUUCAGGCUUACAGGGGAAUGUCAAUGUGAAUUUCUUAAAUAUUGUUUGCCGACAUAGAGUUGAACAUUAUUCUAAUAUAUACUAACAUCUGUUUCGUCUUGUGUGAAGGAGCU